AUGUUUGGAUGCCAAGAAAGUGUGGGAGAAGUGGUAUAUUGGAUCUGUCAUUAUCUGUUUCUACUUCCCCGAGCCUUUCACGUUCUGUUUGGGUAAGUUGAGUUGGGUUAUCGUGGAAAACCAAAACAAUAAGGCUCAAAGGCAUCUUUCUCCGAUUUUCUCCAUAACCAAACACAGGAUUUAGGUUGGGGUUUCAGUUUUUUUUUUUUUUUUUUUUAUUAUUUUUAAUUCCAAACACAGGUUGGAUAACACAUAACCAAACUGUGAGAGGCACAUGAGUUUAUGAUGUUUAAUUAUUUAUAAUUAUGAAAUCUAAGUUAAAGUUUAAGUUGCUUUGGUCAAUUACAGAUUUUUCUUCAAUUUGCUGUGAGGCCUCGCCUGUUUAUUGCCUUGGAACCACUCGAUUCUAAUUAAAGCUUGUGGAGUUUUGGAUGGGUUAAGUGCAUCUGGGUCACCAAUUGUAAUGCUUGGUUAUGAGUUAUUUUGUUAUCAACUUUUUGGUUUUUGUAUUGUCAACUCUGCCAAUUAGUUCCUCCUUUUAUUUAUUUAUUAUUAUUUUUAUCCUUUUACCGAAUUUUAUCUGUUAUUUGCUCUAUUGACUAACAUGUUAAUACCACGUUUCCGAUGCUCAAAUUUUUUGUACACUCACAAAGUCUAGAUUUCAAAACUUCAAGCACUAGCCCGUAAUCUAGUGGCUUCAGUUGUUGCACAUUUAUAUCUCAAUUUGAAUUGCAAUUUGCAUAUUUAAUAUGUUCAGAUUUCCUAUGUGUCUAAGAUGGUGUUUUUUUUACUAUAUAUUUUUAUAUUUUCUUCUUAGCUUUUCAUGGAAAUCUGACACUAGAUGCAUUUUUAUUCUUGUACAAGUCUAUGAGGAUUUCUUGUUCUUUCUGCUGAUCAAAAAACUUUACAUUGGAAUUUAGUAAUAUAAUUAGUGAAUGCAUCUCAUACUGUAGAUACAAGUGAAUGUACACAAAAUUCGAAUAUGGUUUUUGAUUGGUACAAAAUAAUUGAAACCUAUGUUUAUUAGUGUAUGGAUGCUCCAAAAUAAAUUAGAGAGAGUCAAUUAUUGUAUGAUACAUUUGCACCUUUAUUCUCUGCACUUACUGCAAAAGUAUUCUUCUAUACAACUGAUUCGUGUCUGUGUAAAGGAUGUCGUAAAUAUGUUCUGAAUUGAGCAUCCAAGUUAAGAUUCUUUCCGGUAGCUGGAUUGGACCAACAAUACUUCUGGGUCCUGCUGCAGAGGCCGGGUUCUACCUGAUUUUGUUGCCCAUCAUGUAGCAGAAGAGGACUCCAGGCUGAUUGAGGAUCAUUAUGGUCAUAACUUUGUUUAGUGCAUGUGCUUCAGCAAAUUCUCAAUACAAUGGGUGCAACGUAUUUGAAGUUCAAUGCUGAUUCUUGCCAACUUGAAAUGGUGGCUGGGACACAGGCACCUAGUGGUUCUGAACGCAGUGUUGAAUGUGAUUGCCAGUUUGAGAACAACACUGUUUGUCACGUCGUAAACAUUAUGCUUAAGAAAUAUAGUCUUCCUGGUGUGCUUCCACCUGAACUGGUGAAUCUUCCUUACCUCCAUACAAUUGAUUUUGCUUAUAAUUACCUUAAUGGUACCAUACCACGUGAGUGGGCUUCAUUACAAUUGAAUUCAAUCUCUGUUCUCGCCAACCGCUUAUCAGGGGAAAUCCCAAAAGAGUUGGGAAAUUUUACCAAUCUCACAUACCUGAGCCUUGAAGCAAAUCAAUUUUCUGGGACUGUUCCUCCUGAGCUUGGAAAAUUAAUUAACUUGGACAGUUUGAUGUUGUCCUCCAAUCACUUGACGGGAAAGCUACCAGUGGAAUUUUCUGGGCUAAGAAAUUUAACCGAUUUUAGGAUAAACGAUAACAACUUCAAUGGAACAAUACCGGAUUUUAUACAGAACUGGAAAAAACUUGAAAGAUUAGAAAUGCAUGCAAGUGGACUGGAGGGACCCAUUCCUUCGAGCAUAUCUCUUCUGGACAAGUUAACUGAAUUGAGGAUUAGUGACAUAAAUGGGAUGAAUCAGGGAUUUCCCAAUCUGAGCAACACUGAAGGCUUAGUAAGACUGGUUCUGAGAAACUGCAACAUUUCUGGAGAAGUCCCCCCCUACAUUUGGAUAAUGAAGAACCUGCAAAUGUUGGAUGUUAGUUUUAACAGGUUAACCGGUGAAAUUCCAAAUGACAUAAACACAAGAACCUUAAAGUUCGUGUAUUUAAGUGGCAACAUGUUCAGCGGAGAUAUACCCAACUCAAUCUUGAAGGAGGGAAGUAAUAUUGAUCUUUCCUACAAUAACUUUACAUGGCAAGGUCCUGAGCAACCCACUUGUCAAGAAAACAUGAAUCUAUACAUAAACUUGUUUAAAAGCUCUUCAGCAGAACACCCCUUAAAGAGUAUUCUUCCAUGUACAAAGGAUUUCAGCUGUCCACGAUAUGGGUGCUCUUUGCAUGUUAAUUGUGGUGGCAAUGAUCUGCGUAAUCGUACUGUUUUGUAUGAAGGAGAUGCACAGGUUGAAGGUGGUACUGCAAAAUAUUUUAUAAACAGUAAUAGUUACUGGGGAUUUAGCAGUACUGGGGACUUCAUGGAUGAUGAUAAUUACCAAAAUACACGUUAUACUGAAGAUGUGGCAUCAACAAACAUCUCCGAAUUUUAUAGGACCGCACGUCGUUCUCCUCUUUCACUUACUUAUUUCCGUUAUUGCUUAGAAAAUGGGGAUUACACUGUUAGUCUGCACUUUGCGGAAAUACAGUUCACAGAUAACAAUACAUUUAGUAGUCUUGGGCGCCGAAUAUUUGAUAUUUAUAUUCAGGAAAAAUUAGUUUGGAAGGAUUUCAAUAUUAAAGACGAGGGUCAUGGGGCUCUAAGGCCAGUGGUAAAACAAUCUAAUGCUAGUGUGACAAAUAAUAUGUUAGAGAUCCGAUUUUAUUGGACUGGGAAGGGGACUACACGCAUUCCUGAUAGAGGAGUUUAUGGCCCUCUUGUAUCAGCUAUUUCGGUUGAUCCGACUUUCAAAACUUGUUCAGCUGGGGGUGGCAAAAAGAACGUAGCUAUUUAUGCUACUGUUGGAGUCGUAGCAUUUUGUAUUAUUUUCGUAAUAUUCAUUGUCCUUUGGUGGAAAGGCUGUUUCAAAGGUGGGAAAGGAAGAGGAAAAGAUUUUGAAGGGCUAGAGUUGCAAACGGUUUCAUUUACUUUAAAACAGAUUAAGACUGCCACUAACAACUUCGAUUCUGUGAACAAGAUUGGAGAAGGUGGUUUUGGUCCUGUUUACAAGGGUCUUUUACCUGAUGGUACCAUAAUUGCAGUGAAGCAGCUCUCCUCUAAAUCUAGACAAGGAAAUCGUGAAUUUUUAAACGAGAUAGGCAUGAUUUCUUGUUUGCAACACCCAAAUCUUGUUAAGCUUCACGGAUGUUGUAUUGAAAAGGAUCAAUUAUUGCUGGUAUAUGAGUACAUGGAAAACAACAACCUGGCCCGUGCUUUGUUUGCUUCAGAGAACAGUCAAUUAAUACUGGAUUGGCCAACAAGGCUUAAGAUCUGUGUUGGGAUCGCUAGAGGUUUAGCUUUUCUCCAUGAAGAGUCAAGAUUCAAGAUUGUUCACAGAGACAUUAAAGCUACUAAUGUGCUGCUUGAUAGAGACCUCAACCCUAAAAUAUCUGACUUUGGAUUAGCCAAGCUUUAUGAAGAUGAGGAGAAGACCCACAUUAGCACUCGAAUUGCUGGUACCAUAGGAUAUAUGGCACCGGAGUAUGCAUUAUGGGGUUACCUGAGCUACAAGGCAGACGUUUACAGCUUUGGAAUUGUAGUUUUGGAAAUUGUUAGUGGAAAGAACAACAACAAUUACAUGCCAAGUAACAAUUGCAUUUGUCUUUUAGAUUGGGCUUGUCGCUUACAACAAAAUGGAAACCUAUUGGAGCUUGUCGAUCAGAAGUUGAGGUCUCAAGUCAACAAAGAAGAAGCAGAAACAAUGGUCAAAGUAGGACUCUUGUGCACAAAUGCAUCUCCUUCACUUCGACCUACAAUGACCGAGGUCGUGAACAUGCUUGAAGGACAAAUGAGCAUUCCAGAGGUGAUACCAGAUGCAAAUACGUAUAAUGAUGAUUUGAGGUUUAAAGCCAUGAGAGACUUUCAUCGAGAAAAGCAAAGCCAAAGUUUCAGUGGCAGCCAAACCCAAAAUUCAACAACUGUUCGAAAGGAGAUAGGCUCUUCCUCUACUUCUACUGAUGAAAUUUACCCGAGUACAGUAUCUUACUGAUAAUGCUUGAUGAUAUUCUUCGAUGGCAUACCUACCUUACUUGUGCAGCUCUCCUUCUCCUUGCAUUGGAUGAAAGAUACUGCAGCUCCUUCUCCAGGUGCAUCCUUAAGUUAUACUGUAUUUUAUUUAUUGGAUUCUAUUCAACAAGGUUGCAGCAUUACAUGUUGUACAUUAUUUUAAAUUUUAGAUUUACAUUAGGGGAGGAGUAUUAUGCGGAAUAGGGUUCUCUCUUUCUUUUCUUUUCUUUUUUUUUUUUUUUGGUAAAUGGGUUCUUUCUUCUUUCUAGGUGAGAAUUUGCUGUAUUUAGUCUCAGAAUUUUGUCACACCAAAUAUACAGAAUUUAGAAUGUUUUUUGUAUAUUGCAUAGUGAUGUUAUUUCGACAAAA